GGUCGCGCCGUGCGUGGGGCCACGCCCCAACCCGGAAGUGAGCGAGCGGCCGAGCUAGCUGGGCUCCGAGCGCGCGCCAGUCCAGGACAGGAGGCGGCCCUCGGCGGGGGCAGCGACUACACUGAACGAGGGGCCUACCGCGCCUCGACUCGCGCUCAGCCUCCCCCUCCCCGCUGGGGCUCCCCCGCUCGAGCCACGGGCAUGUGAGCCCUGAACUGGCGAGGCCCGCUCAGGUACAAGCCCCACAUUAAGAUGGAGCCCACGGCCUCAGCCGUCUUCUGCAGCCGGGUCCUUGGUAUGGUCAACUCGGAGGAUGUGAACGCCAUCAUCCUGGCUCAAAAGAACAUGCUGGACCGAUUUGAGAAAACCAAUGAGAUGCUGCUCAACUUCAAUAACCUGUCUGGCGUCCGCAUGCAACAGAUGAGUGAGCAGUUCCUGCACCACACCCGGACUUUAGUGGAGAUGAAGAAAGAUCUAGACAGCAUCUUCCGGAGAAUCAGGACGCUGAAAGGGAAGCUCGCGAAACAGUAUCCAGAGGCAUUUAGUAAUAUCCACGAAUCUCCCAUCCUGGAAGACGACGACUUUGACCCGAUCCCCAAAAGCACCGCCACCACCAUUGCUACCUCAGAGCAGAGCACGGAAUCCUGCGACACCAGCCCGGACAUCAUCUCCCCUGCCACCAGCCACGACUUUGAGGACCUCUCCCAGGGGCCUUACGACUCGCCGGCAGUGAAUGGGCAGAGCAUCACAGAUGACGACAACGAGACGGACUAGUCUCUGCAGUGAAGCUCUCGCAUGGGGCAAACUGAUGCGCCGUCUCGACCCCUGCUUGCUUCUGGACUUGCAAACUGGCGACCCCCUUCUUUUUAAAAAACAAAACAACCAACCUGUAUUUUCUGUGUUGUCUUGGCCAGCUGUUUCUUUGCGUUGGGGAGAGAGGGGCGAGCCUGGGCAAAAGUGGCUUUUCUUGCAUGAACUGCCGUCUUCCCCCGCGGUGCUGAUCUGUGAUUUUUAUGCCAAAUAUGCAAAACGGUGAGCGGCUAGUUCACAUUUUUGUGGGGUGGGAAACACACUGCGCCGGGGUGUGUGUCUGCCCAAUUGCACGAUUGGGUGUGUUCACUGAGGGCUACCUUCAGCCUCUCAGCCAACGGUAUAACCAUGCUUAAGACACACACGAACUCUCAUGCGCUCAAGGGAUUAUUCUCUUAACAGGGAUGCUAUCAACCCCAAAUUUGCAGAUUUCGGGGAAGUGGCCAGCCGUACAUCAGCUGUGCCUCCCUGCAACGGCUGUCGGCUGGUUCAUUUGCUACCCCGUAAACAGAAUAACAUGCAAGAAGCACUUGGUUCUAUCCAAACUCUUCGGAGGAGAACUGCUUGAAAUGAAUCAGCAUGAACGUGGGGCCAUGAAUUUCAAGGGGUCUGCCCCAAGAGGAGCUUUCUUCAGUGCAGUCCUCUGCACUGGCUGUAUACCCUGAAUCCACGCAAGGACAUUUUUUACAGUGGUGGUGGUGGUAGCGUUUCUAGUGAGAAUAAAUGAUUUGGGGUUCAUCCCCUAUUCCAGGAAUCCCCAGACUGCGGCCCUCCAGAUGAUAUUUUUGCCUACAACUCCCAUGAUCCCUAGCUAACAGGACCAGUGGUCGGGGAAGAUGGGAAUUGUAGUCCAAAACAUCUGGAGGGCUGAAGUUUGGGGAUGCCUGCCCUAUUCCAUUUUGCAGGGCACGAGUGUCGAUAGCGGAGAUCAGUUCCUCCACCACUCGGGACGACACUCCCCAUUCCUUGAGCCGUGUUUUCCUGCACACAGUCCGUCCAUGCAUGGGCCUGUGGUGUUAGCUGCGUCGUGCCCUGUUCCAAAGAAGUGCAGAUCUGCUCCCCUCUCCUGGUUCUCUUGCUGACUCAGCGAGGGUUGGAGAACACAGCAGCCUCCAUUGCAGCUUCCUCUUAACUCCCCUUUAAAAGUAUGUCUCUUUCUGCUCUACUUUUCCCAUCGUCCAAUGAUGCACCUUAUAUCUGACACAAGAGAGUAUAUGUGCUUGCCUUGCUAGUGGCGAAGAAGAGCUGGAUUUUUAUUUUUAUUUUUUUGCGCCUGGCAAUGAAAGCGCCCCUUGGAUUUCAGAUUUAUAACUGAUACGGUGGUUCAUUGACCAGAAGUAAUGUCUUUAGCAUUUAACUCUAGAAGUGUAGACACCAUUCCGACCAAACAAAGCCCCCUGGAGCAAAAUAUACAUCAGGACGCUUAGUUUGGUCAGAAUUGAGUGUAUACUUCCAGAGUUGACACUGAUUACAUUUCUUCUGGUCAAUGAGUCACCAUAGCUGCUAGAGGGUAUGAAAAUUUGUGUCCAAGGGUUUUCAGACUUGUCUACCCAUGUUCCAUCCGAAGCCCAAGGGGCGUGUUGGUUACCAGGGACAAAAUAUAUUGGCAUUAGUUUCAGCUCUCCUAGCCCACUAAGUGUUGCCCAUCUUAAGCAGAGGUUGCCCACUGCUUCCACCCCCUUCUUAACAUCUGUUAUAACCAUCCUGUUAGGUACUUUUCCCUAGAGGUAUCCAAUGCAAACAGUUAACGCCAGCACAACAGCUUUUACCUGUCUAGCGAAACUUCCCCACCAUCUCUUAAUUGCCUGCCUGCCCCCCAAAUCGACUGGGUUGGGGGGAAUCUCAAGAACAAAUUUAGAAGAGGGCAGAAAAGUUAAAAGCUGUUGAGCUACCCUAAGUGUUCAGUUGCAUCCCAGUAUUGGGUUGUGCUCAACAUUCGGCCUACUCAGCACUGACCCACUGAAAUCAGUAGUCUCAUCCAUUGAUUUCAGUUGGUCUACUCUUGAGUAGAAUUUUGUUGGGUUUAACCCUGAUCCCUGUCCCCCACUUCCAUGACACCUUCAGUUACCGUUUUUUCUGACAAGUGUCUGUGUCUCUAGUGUUCAGUUUUUAAGCGCCUAUCCCACACAUAAAAUGGUCUGUAUUAUGGUUCCCUUCGCCGGAACUCGGGUAAUUGCUAGAUUUGUUGAGUAAAGGUUGGGGCAAGCUGCUUCCUUCCUCCGCCGUAAAUAAUAAUAAAAACUCCUGAAAUGCAUUGUAAUUCAAAGAAUAAUAUUUUUGUACUGCUACGAGUUUACAGAGAUUAAUGAGGUAAUAACCAAUAAAAGAGUUGCAUUAAUUGAUAGAU